GGUGCUCAGCUCCCGCCCACAUGUCGAGGGGCUAUAAGUGCUGUUGUGUAGCCCCGUUGUCCUCAGAUCGUUUGGGGGAUUAGGAGACUUUAUUUUUUUUAAAGGAAGAACUUGUUGACAUUUGCAACGAGAGACAAAAACAUGGCAUCGAUGGGGCUGCAGGUUUUGGGGGUGGUGUUGUGUGUGUUCGGAUGGUUGGGAGCCCUCCUGACCUGUGUCCUCCCCAUGUGGAGAGUCACCGCUUUCAUCGGCAACAACAUCGUGGUGGCUCAGAUCAUCUGGGAAGGUCUCUGGAUGAACUGCAUUGUGCAGAGCACAGGGCAGAUGCAGUGUAAGGUGUACGACUCGUUGCUGGCUCUCUCUCAGGAUCUCCAAGCCUCCAGAGCCCUGACCGUCAUCUCGCUUGUGGUGGGCAUCAUUGGCCUCAUCGUGUCCAUCAUGGGGGGCAAGUGCACCAACUGCAUUGAGAACGAGGCCACCAAAGCCAAGGUGACCAUCGUGGCUGGGAUUGUCUUCAUCCUGGCUGGAGUUUUGACCCUGAUCCCGGUUUCCUGGUCAGCGAACACCAUCAUCAAGGAUUUCUACAACCCCAUCGUGACGGACGCCCAGAGGAGAGAGCUGGGGGCCUCCCUGUACAUCGGUUGGGGAACCUCUGGUGUCCUGAUUCUGGGAGGGGCUCUGCUCUGCUGCUCCUGCCCCCCCAGGAAUCAGAGCGGAUACACGGCCAAAUAUUCCGCUACAAGAUCCACGGCCCCGAGCCAGAACUAUGUGUAAACCAAUGAGACGAGAUCCAACCAAACUGGACUUUAUUUCUCUUUUAAAAUUGCUUCGCGUUUUUUUUACGCCAAUUAAACUGCAAUGUUCUCGUCUCUUUGGCCGGUAAUUAAAUUAGUUCUAGCAUUUUUUUAAAGAUAUGGCUUGUUAUAAGUGACUGUGUUUCUCAUCGGGAAUUGUGUGCGAGUUGUUGAUGUCCCACCUGUUUCCAGACGCCUCUCAACACGUUGCACCUGACCAUUGCCUGGUGCUGAUCGGGAAGCCAAGCGCUUGGGGUGUUACAGAUCAAGUUGAGGUUUAUCCAUCAUUCCCCCCACCCCCAAAAAAAUAGGUCAAAUGGCAAUGGAAGACCUGGAUGUCGCCAAUGAGCAACACAAGUGGCUUCUAACUUGCUUUGCAAUCGCUCCUUUCCCACCUGCCGACAGUGAGAGAGCAUUGGUUGAGUGUUGGUGUCAUUACCAGCCAAGAGAAGAGUUGGUGUCUUUUUAGGCAGUGAGUACUUUUCAACUUACUAGUCCAGUCACUGUUGUCACUAUCCAACCCGAUUACUCCAUGUUAAUAUCAAUUUGAUGAGGUUCCCCCCCACCCCCAUCUGAAAGUUUGCUAGAAUUUAUUUCCAUUGAUCUCUUUUUUUAAAAAACGUUUUACUUCUCAGCCCUUUUCGUUGUUGCUGAGCUCUGUGUGUGUGUGUCCCACAAUUACCAGACUGGCCUCCUGCUGAAAUGUAAUUUUUAGAAAUGUUUCUUAAUAAAAGUCAUUCAAACGUGUUGCA